AGGCGCGGCGGCAGCAGGCCACGCUCCCCUCGCUGCCACCAUGCAUAGCAUAGCUUUAGCAGCACAGGCGCAAACGCGCAAGCCUCCGGUCUCUCUUCUCCUCCCCCUCCUCGUAACGUGUCCGCUUCUUCCCCCACCAGUCCCCCACCACCUACCCGGCCUGAUCUUUUUCCCCUCGCUAGGCAAGAGCUAUAGCUCCCCAGGCACCAUUAUAUCAUCAGCAAAGAAAGCCAGCCGGCAGCCGCUGCUGCUGCGAUCGUCGUGGGUGCGUUGCGUGUGCGUAAUUGGCAGAUCAGCUAGCAGCAUGGCGACCUCCGGCGACGUCGAAGAGGUGCCGGAGCCCGGGACGGAUCACCCGCCAGAGCCAUGCAUGGGCGUCGGCAGCGGCGACGACCUGGAGCCGACGACGGAGGAAACAAGCCGCCCUCUGGCGGCCGAGACGACGUCAGAUCACCAUGAAGCGGCACAGCCGGAGCAGCCUGCGGAGAGAUCGACGUCGGAGGCGGAUGAGGAGAAGGUUCCGGUGCCAGUCGCGGUCGACACGACGUCCGAUAAAUAUGAGGCGCCAGCCGUUAUUCCCAACGCCGCAGCGGAGAGGGCGUCGUCGACGACGGAGGAGGAGGAAGAGAAGGUACCUGUGCCGUUACCGGCAGCGAAGGAGCUGCAGGCAGCCCCGGAGGACGACUGUCAUCAGGAGAGCGCGCGGGAGAGGCUGAAGCGGCACAGGCGGGAGAUGGCCGGGAGGGUGUGGGUGCCGGACAUGUGGGGGCAGGAGAAGCUGCUCAAGGACUGGGUGGACUGCUCCGUCUUCAACCGCCCGCUCGUGCCACCCGACCUGCUCACGGCGCGCCGGGCGCUCGUCGCCGAGUUCUGCGCGCGCCGCCCGGACCGGACGCCGCCCGCCGGCUCCGGCCCUCUCCGGGUGCAAAACAGCUGCUCCUAAUCGAGCUCAAUUAGCGCUCCAACUUCACUAGCCAUAUUAGCUAGCCACGUGUGUGCGUGCCUUCUUUUUGCUCAAAUAAGAGAGAGACUUCUUAAUUUGUUUUGAAGUUGUGAAGGUCUUUCAAUUUCUUUCUGUACUAAUUCUACAUUUCUAAUCAUGCAUAUGUGAAUUACAUUUACUGAUUUUACUAGCUUAUAUACUCUGCUAUGUAAUAAUAUGUGUUCCUGUCAGUUGUCCUCACAGAUUCACACUUGAGCUCCUCCAGAAAACUAUAUUGGUGACUGUCACCUAUAU